CAGAAUCGCAGCGCUGCACUUGCGGCACUUGGAGUAGCUAAAGAUUAUACCAACAUGGAUGACCGCACCAUAGACUCGAUUUUCCUUGGCUCCCUGGAGUCCCUGCCGCCGGUUAGCUCGAAAAUCGUGCGCAUCUUCACCAGCUCCACGUUCACGGACACCACCAUGGAGCGGAACACACUGAUGGCCAAGUGCUAUCCCCGGAUCAAGGACUACUGCCGCGAGAAGCACGGCCUGGAGUUUCAGGUGGUGGACAUGCGUUGGGGUGUGCGAGAUGAGGCCACCGACGAUCACAUGACCACGGAGCUUUGCAUGCGCGAGAUCAAGAACUGUCAGCGACUCUCAAUGGGACCGAACUUCAUCGUGUUCCUGGGGCAGAAGUACGGCUACCGGCCCAUUCCCACGUACAUCGUGUCCUCCGAGCUGGCCCUAAUCUGCGAGGAGCUGACCUCGAUGGGCGUGGACCGCGCCAUCCUCGAUCUGUGGUACAAAAAGGACAGCAAUGCGGUGCCACCCAUUUCGGUGCUGCAGCCCAUAUCCUCUAUUUUAAUUAAUUUCAACAACAAGCGCGUGCCCAAGCUGCAGGCGGAGGAUCAGGCGGUCUGGUGGGACACCCUCAACAAGAUGCAGAAGCUACUGCGCAAGGCGGCCGCCUCCUUGGGGGCCAGCAACAAGAUGUCCAAGGAGGAUGUGCACAACUACUUCAUGUCGGUGACGGAGCGGGAGGUGAUCAACGGAAUUUUGAAUGUGAAAAACACGAAGAACCAUUGCCUGUCGUACGUGAGGUACAUCAACAACAUAAAUCUGCAGAACCUGAAGAAGGCCUCGCUGUUCGUGGACAUCAUCAACCGCAGCCUGGACACGGAGUCGGCCAAGUUGCUAAGCGACCUGAGGGACACCCGACUGCCGGCCAAGAUAGAGGCCGUUAACGCCCAGAAAUACACCGUGGAAUGGAUCGGUCGGGAGGGACUGGACAUUGAGACGCACGAGGAGUACCUGAAUCAUUUCAUCUCGCACUUCUAUAAGAACGUGGUGAAGCUGGUGGAUAGGGCGAUGCGCAAAGAAGACUCCAGUGCACAGGGGCAGAUAGUAACUGAGAUCCUUCAGCAUCUGCACGCUUGCAACAAUUCGGUCAAGAUAUUCUACGGGCGCGAGGAAAGUUGCGAACGUAUCAAGCGCUACAUGCUGGGGGAUUCAGAUAAGCCACUUGUCCUUUUCGGCGACGGAGGCUGCGGCAAGACCUCACUGCUCUCGAAGAGCGUGGCCCUCGUGGCCACCGAAUGGUUCGCCCACGCGCGGCCCAUCAACGUCAUCCGCUUCCUGGGCACAACGCCGGACUCCAGUGCCUUGACGGCCACCCUGAUUUCCAUCUGUCAGCAGAUCUCUUACAACUACAUGCUACCGUUCGAGAACAUACCCGAUGAUCUUGUCCCCUUAACAGCACACUUUAAGCAAUUACUAACUUACGCCAGCCCCGCCCAGCCGCUGACCAUCUACCUCGACUCAGUCGACCAGCUAACGGGCACCCAAGACUCGAACAAGGUAUCCUGGAUACCGACGCGUCUGCCUGCGCACUGUAAGAUCAUCAUCUCGUGCGCCAACGAGCCGGCCAAUCCGACGGUGUCCCACGAGUACCAUGUCCUGUGCAAGAUGAUCGACGUGGAGGAGAACUUCAUUGAGGUGACCGCCCUGGGCGAGGAUCUGGCCAUGAACGUGAUCAAGAUGUGGAUGAAGACGGCGUGCCGGGACCUCAACAACUACCAGUGGCGACUGGUGGCCAAUGCGAUUAGCAAGUGCUCGUUGCCGAUUUUCGUGAAGCUCGUCUUCGCGGAGAUUUGUCGCUGGCGCAGCUACACGCGUCCCCAGGAAACGCACCUGGCCAACACGGUGAUGGACUCCAUCAUGCUGCUGUUCGAGCGGGUGGAGAAGCAACACGGCCGCAUUCUCGUCUUUCACGCCCUGGCCUACAUAACCGCCUCCAAGUCGGGGCUAUCGGAGAGCGAACUGGAGGAUCUCAUUUCGCUGGACGACAAGGUGCUGGACGACGUCUACCAGUACCAUCUGCCGCCCACGCGGCGUAUUCCGCCGCUCCUCUGGACCCGUAUCCGCAACGAUCUGCCCAACUAUCUGAGCGAACGCGAGGCGGACGGGGUCAACGUGAUGAACUGGUAUCACCGGCAGUUCCGGGACACCGCCAAGGAGCGCUACUUCAAGAACAUGAACAUGGCCAUUUACUUUCACUCCAUGAUUGCGGACUACUAUCUGGGCAUCUGGGGCGGCGGGGUGCCCAAGCCGUUCAAGUUCACCGAGAUUCAGCGGCACAGGUUCGGACUGGCGGACAAGGAGGGCUCGGCGGACCGAAAGGUGCCCAUCCAGCCGUUGGUUUUCAGUAGCAAGGACGGACUGUCCAAGCGCUACAAUCUGCGCAAGUUUGGCGAGCUGCCCUUCCACUUUGUCCGCUCGCGUCGCUUUAAGGAUCUGUUCGAGCACGUCCUCUUCAACUACGACUGGCUGCACGCCAAGCUCUCCAGCUGUCCGCUGCAGGCGGUGCUGGCGGAUUUCGAAGAUGCCUCCAGCAACACGGACGACAAGGAGGCCAAGCGGGAGCUGAUGCUGGUCUCGGAUGCCCUGCGCCUGGGUGGCGCCAUCCUGGCCAUCUACCCCAAUAUGCUGGCGCCGCAGCUGGUGGGACGACUUCUGCCCGAGAUUGGUGGCAAUCCCAACAUCAAAAUGCUGCUGCGGGCCUGCGAUCGCAGUGGCCCCAAGGACUGCGCCCUCAUUCCGGUCAAUCAUUGCCUGCACACGCCAGGAGGACCACUAAAGUACUCCCUGGAGGGCCACCAGUUCGCGGUGUUUGCCUUCUGCCUGACCAGCGACAUGCGCUACAUGGUCUCCAUAUCCACGCACUUCAUCACCUUUGACCUGUCCACGUCGGAUCUGACGCGGGACGUGAAUCCCGGCAUCGAGGGCAUUAUGCAGCAACUGGUCCUGAGUCCGGACAACAAGUGGGCCGCCGCCUACUCCAACAACAACCAGACGGUCCUCUUAAACAUGCUCUCCAGCGAGUUUGUGGUGAUCAACAGUCCCUUCGAGGAGGCCCACGGACCAGUCAGCGGCCUCUAUCUGCUCAAUCAAAAUUUGUUCAUCACCUGCAAGCUUCGGUGGGCUCAGUUCGAUAUGCGCGGCAAUUUGGUAGAUACCUUCGAUGUACCUGGCGAAAAUGAAGAUUGGGAGAUCCUAAAUAUGGAGUUCUUUACCGCUGCGGACUACAACGUGGUCUUCUGGUCGGGCUCCAUCAACGACAUGCGCCUGAGGCUGGACUCGUGUCGUAGUGGUCACCACUCCAACUCCCAGCGACUGUUCAGCGCCAUGGUCAUGAACAAGGAGAGGACCAGGGCAUACGGCUGUGCCAACGAGGAGAACUUCGGGGUUUCCGUGUUCGACUUCGUCGAGGACAAGGCCACCGGAGAGAUCCGCUGGACUCUGGUGGAGGACCUGCCGCGAUUCGAGAACGACGACAAGGAGAUGCUGCUGCAGUUGCGCCUCGACCAAAACGAUCGCAUGCUGUUGGGAACUGCGGGCAAGGGGUUUGUGAUCUGGGACUUUGGCAGCCGGGACAAGGACUCGGAUGCGGAAUCCCGCUUAAGGGAGGGCGCACUGUACCUGGCACUUCCCCACGGGGUGCGCAACAUCACGACCCGGAUCAUGCAGUCGAACUCCAUCAUGGUUAGCUCCAAAUUGGACUACGCCGUGGCCGGAGUGCGUAAGAAUUUGUACGUGUGGUGUCUCGAUUCUGGACAGCUAGCAAAGGUGCUGGACGCCCACUUCGGGCGCAUCAUCCAGCUGGAGCCGCUGACCAUCGGCAACUGGAACAACCUGGUCACCUCGUCCAUCGACCGAUCCGUGAAGGUGUGGAACAUCAACAACAUCUUCGAGAAGGUCCAUGUCAUUGAUCGCCACGAGCUGCAAAUCGACGACAUCAGUCUGUCCGAGGUGGACAUGGCGGUGACCGUCACCCGCAGCUGUGUGGGCGUCUGGGAGACGCGAUCCGGUCGCCUGCUGGCCAAACUGGCCGACAGUCCCCUGGGCGCCAUCGUCACCCAUGCCGAGAUCACACCGGACGGCCGCUACAUCAUCUCCUCCGAGACGGGCAAGUUCCUGGUGUGGAAUCGAGUGUCCGAGCAGGUUGUUUUCCGGGACGACCAGCCCGGCAUCCAGCAGAUCACGCUCAUGGACUACGGGUACAAAGUGCUCACCGUCUCCGUGCCGAACAUCAACCAGCGGGACAUUCUGGCGGCUGCUGCUGGCGGAUCCGCGGAUGACGCCAACCGGCUGACGGCCAUAACCACUAUGCGAUCGGUGCCAGAGGGCGCCAUCUUGUUCCGGUUCGAUUUUCCCAUACGGAUGAUCACGGGCAUGCCAUUCCGGCAGUCGGUUAUUACGGCGGACAACGCCUACAUCGUGGUGGUGACCGUGGACAAGUCCAACAAGGAUUGCCUGGGCGUGUACAGCGCCACGAACGGGGCCUUCGUGUCCAAAAUCCUGCUGAAGGGCUGCUCCAUCAAGGAGGUGAUCUCGCUGGUGCCGAUGCCGCACAAGGCCAACCAGGUGGCCGUGAUCAGCAGCGAGAAGGGCAGUGUGAUGGACAUUAAGACGAAGAAGCACGUCCGCUCCAUCGCCAAGUGGGGCGGCAGCAUCACACGGGAUGGCAAGUGCGGCCUGUAUGCGCCCACCCGCGGCGGACUGGAGAUGCUGGAGCUGCGCAAGGGCACCACGGUGAAGACCUUCAUACCCAAGGUGGCCGAGGGCGUCUUCUCGGUGAUCUGCAUCUUCACGGAGAACGACGAGUAUGUGGCCUACUACCACAGCGGUCGCAAAACCAUACGCGUGUUCCGCACCGGGGACACCGAGAUGAUAGCCAACUACCGUCUGCAGGCGGAGCUCACGGCGAUCAAGAGCAGCAAGGACGGACGCGCCAUCGUCCUGGGCACCGUGGACGGCUGCAUGUCCGUGCUGGCCAUCGUGGAUCCCAAGAAGGAGGAAAUGAACGAGUUCCUCAACGACUUGCCCUCCCGCGACGAGAACUGGAAGGCCAAGCUGGCCAAGAUGAAGGCGCGGGUGGGCUUCAAGGCGGCCAUCCGGGUGGCCACCAUCUCCUCGCGCUACGCGAAGACCAGCAAGGGAGAGGACGGCGAGGAGGAGCUGCUGACGGAAAUCACCGAGGACGUUGUGAUGCCAGUGGCCGACUAGCUUGGUU